AUGUUUUCCUUCCAGAUAUUCGAUCAUCUAACCGGAGGAUUCGCUCGACAGACACGACCGAAACGGAUACUGGAGUGUUUCUGGCGCUUCAGCUACUAUACUUUCGCCUUUGUCUAUGGAUGUGUUGUGCUGUGGAACAAGUCAUGGCUAUGGGACGUGAAGCAGUGUUGGAUUGGCUAUCCGUUCCAUCCCGUCGAAGACAGCGUAUGGUGGUACUACAUGAUUGAAACAUCAUUCUACUACUCGUUACUGUUUGGUGCAUUCUUCGAUGUGAAACGAUCCGAUUUUUGGGAAAUGAUUAUCCAUCAUAUCGUCACCAUUGGCCUUCUAGCUGGAACACUCGUACUGAUCUCACAUGAUCUUGCUGACAUUCUACUAGAGUUCGGUAACACUACACGGUGGAUUGUUACCCGCCUUGGUUACUAUCCGCUUGUUCUCGUUCGAUCUGCAUUGUUCGAAGCGGCCGCUUUGAUCCAACCCGAUUAUGAUUUGUUGGAUGUGACUCAGGUCCCAUACGCACCUCGCGCUAUCAUUCUCAUGCUCUUCUGUUUGCUUAUUCUGCACAUAUUCUGGACGAUUAUUAUAAUGAAGAUCGUUGUGAAAACGAUUACUCAAGGAGAAGCCGGUGACGUUCGAUCGGAUUCUGAACUCUCAGACAAAGAAGAUUCUAAAAAGCUGGUCAAGCAGAAUGGAAAGAAAAUGACGUACAAGCGAAAAGCACCGAAGAGGAGUUCUGAAGAUGAGGAUAGCGACAGUGAGCGUAAACCAUUGGCUAACGGUCUCAAGUUUAGACGUCCACGUAGAGAAUAG